AUGGAUGAUGAUUCAAAUAAAAGUAAGAGCAUUAACAAAAAUGAUCCAUCCUAUCUUUUUUUUAUUCAUCAUUCCGAUCACCCCGGAAUGAUCCUCGUAUCCAAACCUCUCAAUUGUGAUAAUUACGGAACAUGGAGCCGCUCGAUGAAAAUUUCUCUCAGCGCAAAGAACAAGUUGGGUUUCAUCGACGGAUCCGUUCAAGUUCCUUGUCAAAUAAAGUCACCAGAAGAGUACUCCUCAUGGAAGCGAUGCAAUGACAUGAUCCUUUCAUGGAUUCUAAAUUCUCUUGAACCCGAUAUUACCGAUAGUGUGAUAUACUCAACUACAUCACAUGAGAUAUGGCAGGACCUUGAAGAACGAUUUUCUCAAAGUAACGCACCAAGAAUCUUUCAACUUCAACGUGAAAUGGCGUAUUUGCAACAAAACCAAAUGUCUGUUUCAGCCUAUUACACCAAGCUAAAGGGUCUUUGGGAUGAAUUAGCAUCCUAUAAUGAACCUUGUCACUAUACUUGUGGAAAAAUAAAGCCACAAUCAGAACGUGAGGAGAGAAAUGCUUUAAUGCAAUUUCUCAUGGGAUUAAAUGAAUCCUAUAGUGCUGUGCGUGGACAGAUUCUUUUGAUGCAGCCGCUGCCGACUCAUCGAAAGGCUUAUUCUCUAAUAUCCCAAGAAGAAAAACAAAGAGAACUUGGAAAUACAAGGGGGAUAAGUGAAGUGGCAGCCAUGGCAGUUCAACGUGGACAAAGAACAUCUAACUCGGGGCGAAAACCACUUCAUUGCAGCCACUAUGACAAAGACUUUCAUACAAAUGAGACGUGUUAUAAAUUGCACGGCUAUCCAGAAGGACACCGACUCCACAAAUCGUCUAAUGGUGGUCACCAUAGAAAAUGA